AUGGAUGGAGACCCGGCUGUUGAAAACGAGCUCGACUCGUUUAGUCGUACUCUUCCUCUGCCAUACAGGGUUGCAUUGAUCAUUGUGUUAGGAGUAUGGGCUUGGGGCGCAAAUCUUCAUUAUCUUUCAAUUGUUAAAAUUAAUGUCCCUUCACUCAUCCAAUAUCCACAACGAGCUUCUGCGCGAACUGAUCCUCCUCAUCAUUUGUCUGCCUAUCGACUUGCUACAUAUCUGACAAUCCCUCUUGUCCUUUCGAUUCUCCUCUUCUGGACUCUCUCCCACCGCGACCCAGCUCUAGUAAUCUACUAUGACUUUCUCCCGAUAUCUUACAUAUGCCUCCUAUUUUUCGCUUUCUUCCUUCCCUUGCGCCGCGCAUCCUACUCCGGCCGUCUCCAUUUUCUUUCCGCCCUCAAGCGUGUAUCAAUCGGAGGAAUUGCUCUUCCCAAUGAAGGGAAAUUUGGCGAUAUCCUCCUGGCUGAUGUUCUCACCUCCUAUGCGAAGAUUAUAGCCGAUCUUUUCGUCUCCUUCUGCAUGUUCUUCACCCCUUCUGGUAGCGCAACAUCUCGACCUGAUCGUGGCUGCGGUGGACAAUAUCUCGUCCCUAUCAUGAUUGCGAUACCCUCACUUAUACGUUUUCGACAAUGUAUAAUCGAAUAUCUACGAGUUAAGAAUUCACGUUCAACAUCCUCUGGAUGGGGUGGUCAACACUUAGCCAAUGCGCUCAAGUAUUCCACAGCAUUCCCUGUGAUAAUAUUCUCCGGUAUGCAGCGAAACUUAUCGAUCAACGAAACAUCAAUAAAUAUUACUACAGCAACGCUCUAUCGACUCUGGCUCGUGAGCGUUUUCAUCAACUCUAUGUACUCCUUCUGGUGGGACAUAACCAAAGACUGGGACCUCACUCUUCUCACCCCCUCAUCAAAAAAUAAAUCUUCUUACCCCCUUCGACCCCGCCUAUAUCUCCCUUCUCAAGAACUCUACUACAUCGCCAUUCUCAUCGAUUUCCUCCUCCGUUUCACAUGGUCCCUCAAACUCUCUCCUCACCUCGAUCAUUUUGCCGAUUUUGAAAGCGGCAUUUUCUUAUUAGAGGUAUUGGAGGUGGCCCGGAGAUGGAUGUGGAUAUUUUUGAGAGUGGAGACGGAAUGGGGAAGAGAAAAGGAAAAGAGUAAUGCAAAUGGUUUGCUAGGGGGCCCUGGAGUCGGCGAUAUUUUGUUGGGGGAUUAUAGGGAUGAGGAGGAUUUUAGCGAUUAA